ACUAUUUCCAAAACACUUGCAUUGCUACUCUGCUGUUUCUCACAGUUACAUGUCUCCUCUCUCGUUUUGACCUUUCUGUUUCCUGUAGCUUUGAAGUAUUUGUGACUUUACGUCCGCGGUUGUUUUAACUGCGCGCUACUUUUGAGCAGCACCUGUCAAGAGGUUUGCAUUGAAGUUAGUUAACUGUCAUUGGAAACAUGAACACAUUGGUGACCAAAUUAGACUACAAAUGGAUCAGUUUGACCCUGCGGCGACCUUGGAAAACAGCUUUGGCAGGUUUUAAGGUCCAGCUCUCCACACUUCCUCCAGAGCCUGUCAUCCCCUCUAAGAAGCCCUUUAAGGUGGAGCUAGUAGGUGGAAAGCGUUAUUCAUGGUGCACAUGUGGGCACAGCAAGAAACAGCCUUUUUGCGACGGAGCCCACAAAACCAAAGCCCAAGGCCUGUCCCCGCUACGCUUUGUCCCAGACAAAGACGCCACAGUUUGGUUGUGUGGUUGCAAGUACACAAACAACCCACCUUACUGUGACGGCACGCACAAGCAGGACUUCAUUGUUUCUGCCACAUUACAUGAACAAACAGACUCUUGAAAAGGACGGCAGAGAUGUAUUUAUGUUGCUGUUGCACAUCUUUGUACAUCGUUUGCAUCAAAGCAGCACACGUUAACUGAUCGAGUGCUGGAAUCUUGUCUUUUCAUUGUUCCUCUCGGUGCUUGACAGAG